AUGCCUGAGCUGCCUGCUUUCCCCCGCAUGUCCUUCCUGUUGCUUUGCAUUCUGGGUAUGACCUUGGUGACAUCUGGCUUCCCUCAGCCUCGACUACCGCUCAGAAGUCCUGAUGAUUCAGAUGAACCUAAACAAGAUGUCUGGGACGUCCUCUUCCCCUCAAUCUCUCUUCGUGAUUGGAGCAUUCAAAUGAUGUCAGCGCCCAGCCUUGCAGCAGCAACCGACAGCAAGGCAGGACUGAUGAGGGAGGCGUGGCUGUUUGCCCCAGAGAGGGCCGAGGCGAGGUAACUGCAUCGUGCGGGAAAAUGCUUAUGGAUUCACACCUAAGGUGUGGAGAGGGCGUGGCCAGCUGAAUGGUCACCUCAGGGUGCUGACAUGGUGAAGAGGAACAUGGUAGUGGCUGAUGACGCGGCCUUCAGAGAGAAGAGUAAACUCCUCACCUCCAUGGAGAGACAGAAGUGGCUCAACUCCUACAUGCAGAAACUACUGGUGGUUAAUUCUUCAUGAUGAUUUCGUUUUUACAGCUAUUUUAUCAUGUAAUCAAACCAUUCUCUGCACCCUGCACUAGCAAAAAGCAUUUUAAAGGGAUAUCCUACUCUGGAGAACAAGAUAGUGUAGUUAUCAAAAGUCAGUAACACCUGCUGUAUUUUUAAUAUCUAGCCUCUCAAAUUUUAAUUUUAAAUUAAUCAAUAAUUUGGUAUUGAACAUUGAAAUGUGUUUGUUGGUCCUGCUGAAAUUAAUUUGGUGAUGGAAAUUAUGUUUUUGACAACUGUAGCAUGUGUUUGACUCUAUAUAGUAGUAUUGGUUUAUUACAGCUGAAUUUAAUAUU